CCUCCACCAUCUUCAACGCCCCAGUGCCCUUUUUUACUUUUUUUUUCUUUUUCCAUCCCAACUUUUGUUCCCACGUCGCCCUCAUUUCAACCUCAAAUCGUACCAUCAAGAACACGACAUACCUAGCCUAGUGGUUUGAAGAAAAUAAUAUUGUACGAACAACACUGGCAGGUGGAAUGGCAGCCAUUCUGCACUCCAUCAAAAGCUUUUUCCUCGGAUUGGCGCGAGGAGCUGGUGAUUUCUACAGGUCCAUCGUGAACUGGCUCCAGAUGGCAUACUCACCAAACCCAUACUACCGCGGCAACAUCAUCACCGGCAGAGCCGUCAGCGGCAGGCACCCUUUUGUCGGGAACAUGCGCAUGGUGAUAGCGCAAGUCUUCCAACCCUCCGACUGGACCGUCCUGGAAGUCGCCGUCCUGAAGGCCUCCGGUCCGCCGACCAAGGCCGUGCUGAAGCUGUUUGACCGCCGUUUCUCGCCGUGCAUCCAACGCGCGCGGGAACGUCUGGAGCACGCUGGGUGGACGCCGGAAUUUGAAAAGGAAUUUGUCGACUACGUCCGCCGGGGCGCCGCUAAUGAGUUCCACGAGUCCCUUUGGGACUCCGAUAGCGAUGAAGACGAGAAGGAGGAGAAGGAUGCGCCUGUCAACUUGCUCGAGCAGGAGGUGAUCCGCCAGUCUCAGUGUAAUGGGAUUGCCAAUGCGCGGUUGAAUCGGUUGCAGACCCGGAUGGGCGUGGAGAAGGGUAUUAGGUUGCCCAAGGCGCAUUGCACGGUGCAAAUUUCGAUAGGAGGAGACGUUGAGAACCGGCUUCUUGAGGUUCCUGGCAUAUUGAUGGAGUAUGUGCCUGGGUUUAGCUGUGAUGAUACGGAAUAAUGGCAGUUGAAAGAGACUUCUGGGCUGAGUUCAGGGGAUAAGAGACGAGGAUGGUGGAAGCGCAUGCCCAUGAAUAUGUAAUAGUACUGGUUUUGAGAGGAACCGAGCGGAUCAUUGUGACAAAAGAGAGUACAUGGCAGCUUCAGUUAAGCGGAGUGAGCUUGGUAAUCAUAAAAGGUAACGAAGAGUAUUUUCAGCGCAGAGUGCAAAAAAGAAGUAGCCAGAAAAGAAGGG